CUGGGAACUGCAGCGAAAUCAAUUAACUGUGGAAACGCAAUCAGAAGGGAAAUAUCUGCAGCACUGAAAUGGCAGGGCAAGAAAUUGAGGACUUUGAUGUGGAUAGUGUGUCGGACACUGCCUGUAUGCUUAAUCAUGUCCACCCUCCACCAUACAGCAUUGAGGACCAACCUUGGCCACUGGAGGCACGCAGCGUGUGUGAGUGCUGGGGAUGGGCAUUACUGGUCACUGCCUUUAACUUUGUGCUCUUCCUCCUGAACCUUGCCCUCAUGGGCACCGUUUUUUGUAUCGUGCUGAUGCCCACUAUUGUGGUGGUGUACUUUGGGUUUCAGUGUCACUCCCGGGUUAUUCAUUCGGAUGCCUACUACUGUAAAACUGUCCUUGAUGAUAAGAGUUCCUCCGCCCUCAUCGUUCUUGGCUUUGUCCUUAUGUCUCCACUUAUUGUGAUCGCUAUGGUGACCUACUGCAGCGUGGCACGCCGCCUGCGCCUCUUCUUCUGCUUCGCAUCCUACUCCAGAGCCGUCUACAAGGGGUUGAAGUGGCCAGGGUACGACAGCCCCAGCUGCUGCUGCUGUCAUGGGAAAGAAUGGGAGAGCGGUUUGAAAGCUUGGGUCUGAAAGCCCUUUAAAUGAUCGGAACAUAUCACCGUCUGUUACUGCUUUCUGUAAUAAUCUUGUGUUCUGUCUUCUGUCUCUUGCAUUGUGAAGUAACUAACAAUAACAUCUUAAUAUUUAAACUCAAAGGUCAUUGCUGGAAUGUUUCUCGUCCUGAAAAGACAGAUCAAUAUUUUGGUUUGAUUCUUUUUAAUUCUGUUAUAUUAAUAGGAAAAUAUUUAUUCCAAACUCUUUAAAUGGGAUUUGUAACUCUAUGCAUUUUCAAUUAUUUUUCCCAGCUUUAUCUUUCUUUAAUCUAUUGAAUGGUUUGCACUCCGAUUUGCCUCUGUCGAUAGCAAUGUAUUAAAAAUCUUCCAUGGAACCACAUAAAAUGCCUGUGUAAACCUGUCAUACGUUUCCUGUUUGUAGUACCUCUUGCUGACGGAGGGUUUGAUUGCAGUGUACCAAGUUCACAUCGACAGCUUAGAACAGUCCCAAGGAAGGCAUUUAAUACACUUUAGAUAUUGUGUAUAGAUAUGCCUUGUAAAUGUGGAGUAUCAACAUCAUCUAAUAUCUGAAUAUGGCCAAGGGAAUUUACAAUAGAAAUAUUGGAAAUGAGAUAUGGACAUCUGUUUGUCAGGGUCCAAUUAUCUUGAUGUGAUGAACAAUUUGAUGACGUUGCAACAAUGCUUGUCCUAAGAGAACUAUGUGUAACAACAAGGGAGAUAUAAAUCCCAACAUGACAAAAUUCAUUAAACUAAAGGAAAGGAGGGAAAGAAGAGCAAAACGAAAUCAAAGAAUGAGAUGUGACAUAUCGAACAGAAACUAAAACAGUCAGUUGUCAGAAUUCACUACCACGUGUGCUUGUCUAAUUAAUAUAAUUUCAGAAGAGUCCGUGAAUAUUUUGACGCUCAUUAUCAUUCUUUAGAAAUGAUUACCAACAGCAGGUAACAAAAGCAGAUUGUGACAUGGGGUCAAAAGAGAGUGAAUCGUGACCAGAAUAAAAUGGGAAAAUGCACUAGGAAACAGGGUCUCAUGUUUAAACAGAUAUCACAGCCAACAAUUCAAAUGGAAGGAGAAUGCAGAGACUGAAGGGUGAAAGCAAAAUCGAAGAGAGCUUCAUCAAAAUCAAGAACAAAAUCAAGCAGACCUUCUUGAUAUGAUGCUGGCUAUGUUACCUGAAAAGCAGGCAAAAUCUUUGGAUGUUUUGGGGGUUAGAAUAUAUAGUGAAUAUUGACUUCAGCAACUAACCUUCAGAUCUGAAUAUGCAUUGCAGACGAAAUCUAAAAUGCAGCUCUGAACAAUGGGUUCUUAAGACAAUUGGAAGACACCACAGUUAAUUGGAAGACCAGACAACACUGAUUUAAAUUCAUUAUUUGUGUGUAUUUGGGUGUCUGUAGUACAGGUGCGAAGGAGGGAGGUGUGAAGUCAAUGUGCAAUUCAAAGGAAGCAUUGUAAAUAUGGAAUUGUCCUGAAUUUUCUUUGAUCAUUGGCACAUGAAAUGUCAUGAGGUGUUGGUUUGAGCAGACCGUCUUCCACUGAAAACGGUCUCAGUAUGAUGCCUGCUGUAUCUCAUUUUGUUGAAUAAAGAGGCUGCUUCAGGU